UAUUUACAUACUUCCUUGACUGGCAGUGGUGGUGUUGCCCUUUGCACAUCUCAGACGGAAAGGGCAGCCGUGCUCCAACAUUGACACAAUUGAUAUGUUUGCAGAGACAGGAGAGAGAGAAAGAUAGAAGGCAGGUGGAUAAGCAGAGGUUUAUGAAUCAGGUUUAUACUCUGUCAGCGGGGGCAGACAGUUUAGAGUGAGAGAGUGAGAGAUAGAGAUCCUGGAGGGGAAUCAAAAGGCAGCAAAGUCAUACAGAGGAUAGAUUACAGAGCUUUGUGUAAACUAUCUGUGUCAUCGCAGGGCUUCACAACAGACAUGGAAUUCAUAUUUCUGUACUCCGUGUGCCAGUGCAUCCUAUCUGUAUCUGUAAUUGUGGUGAGCGUGAGGUUGUGCAUGGCAGUCAGCGGCGGCGGUGCAGUGGCUGAUGUCCAGGAGGGAACCAAAAGAGACAGGCCCCAACCAGGGAGCGUCUCGAACUGUCUCCGGCUGUGCCUGGGCUGGGUGGGCGCUGUCGGGGGUGCAGUCGGGGUUCCUGUGAACGUGUUGCUCAACCUGCGAACCCCGCAGUGUCUCUACACCUGCAUAACCUUGGUGUGUUGCCCCCUGCUGGUCAGGCAGUUCACCAUGUUCCUGUUAAUGAUCCUCACACUGGAUGCCCACCUACAGCACCACUUGGCAGAGAGGUACUCUUUGGUGGUGACCCGUCAGCGAGCUCUGUGUGUGGUUCUGCUGUGCUGGGUGGGCUCCGUCCUGUCCUCCUUCGCCCAGUUCAUCGGCUCCGACCUCCUCGACACCUGGAGAAGUGGCGGGACCGAUCCGGGCACGGCCGGCCUCGGGUUGGAUGGCAACUGGACGACCUCUUCCCCGCCCCCUAAGUACCACCACGACGACCGCAAGGUCAUUGGGAAGUACCUUCCAUACGGAGGCUUCCUGUCCAAGUUUUACGUGGAGGACAUGCACAACUUCACCUACGCUGAGAUUCACAGCAGCCACUGGUUUGUGUGCGCCCCCGACACCAUCCUCAGUCCCCAGUUUCUAGUCUAUAUCCACGGGAUGUCUGUGUUCAUGCUCCCCUUGCUUUGCCUGCUGGUCGUUUACCUAGACCUGCUAUGCAACAAGCCCAGGAAGACUCCUUUUAGUCCCGCAGACCCCCCUAAACAUGACUCCUCUCGAGUCCGUUCCCUGGCUCUGUCCCUCUCCCUGUUAGUUCUGCUGUGCCUGCCGCUCCACAUCGUCCAUGCCCUCGUCCUUUUCACCCCCAACACCAAUCUUCCUGCCUGGGCUCAUGCGGUCGCCAUGUUCCUCUUCCAGCUGUACAGCCUCGUGCUCCAGAUCCUCUUCACUCCUAAGAAACAAGCCGGGGAAGAACGGGCAUCCUUUCCCCUCUCCGUUGCCCACCUUACACCUCCAGUAGCCCCGUCCAGAGGAAAAUCCGUCCGCAUGGCGCUGUGUGAGGCAGUGCAGGCAGCUCCAUGGUCUUCAGCCAAACACUCCCUCAAAGCCAAAGUGUGCCCAGAGGUCUGAAUUCUGGGCUGUUGUAUUAUGUGUAAACAUUUCAUCUUCAAGCAGUUAAAUUAAUGUUCCUUCAAUGUUUUUGUGUGCAUGAGAAAAAAAGCUUGUGUUUGAAACAAACAGCUUGUGCACUAAAAAAUAAUAAAUACGGCAUAUUCCUGUUUGUUGUCGGGUCUGUUAACUAAUCAGCAACCUUGUGCACAGACGCUGUGAACAACUCGCAAAUGAAAAGGCCAGUUAAUUAUCAGGUCCCACACCAAAUGUCAGUGAGAAAAUUAAGUCUCCAGAUGAUGACUACUAUCCUGAUCACAGAUGUCUGUUUUCUUUGACUGCUCUUCCUAUGGGUCUUAUUCUAAGCCCGCUCUAAGUCUCUGCUAAGCCAACCACCAGUAAUGUAGAUGUGUGAGCGACAGCGUUUAAUUAAACAUUCAGUAAAAAUGCGGUCCAGAGAGGACGCAGCGUCACAGGGAAAACAUCAUUAACCUGGUUAUGACACAAUCGUCUUGGCUGUUUUGAUUAAACUUGUAAAUACGACAUGAUGCUCUCGUGAAAAUAAAAAGUGGGCUUGCUCGCAC